AUGCUUUCCCCGCUCCGCCUCGCCGUGCGUCGCUCGACGUCUCGUUCGACCCGCGCCCUCCUCGCUUCACCCGCUAAGCCCCUACCCCGGGCCUUCACCACCACCCACUCCACCCAACCCAUCCGGUCAUUCUCUUCCUCCCCUCUCAGUCGAUCCGAAGCGACGUCUGCGUCGUCGAGUGGAGGGGGACCGUACGAGAACUUGCUCGUCACCUCGCCCGCGGCGGGAGUGAGCUUGAUCACGCUCAACCGACCCAAGGCGCUCAACGGUGAGCGCUGAGCUUUCAUACCCGCCUCUCUUCCAAAGACAAGGGACUCGUUCGACCCUGUGUACAAACCAAAGCCCAAUUCACCCAUUCCGGAAACUGAUAGCACACACCUCGUGUCGUUCCCACAGCCCUCUCCUCCCCCCUCUUCCACGAACUCAACGCCGUCCUCAGCAACCUAUCCACGGACGACUCGAUCGGCUGCGUCGUCCUAACCGGUUCAGACAAGGCCUUUGCCGCCGGUGCCGAUAUCAAGGAGAUGAAGGACAAGGAGUUCGCGGAUGUGUACAAGAAUGAUUUCCUAGCUCAUUGGACGCAGAUGACCAAGUUCAGGAAACCGAUCAUCGCCGCGGUUAGUGGGUAUGCGGUGAGUGUGUUCGUAUGGUGGAGGGAGAUGAAAGAGUUUGCGUUCGUGGUUAGCUGAUGAGGGUUCGUCGGAUCGGGAGGGAAUCUAGCUCGGCGGUGGUUGUGAAUUGGCCAUGAUGUAAGCGAUAUUUGCACAGUUCCUCUCUGUGGUUCGACUCUCUCCCAAACUCAUGCGAUUCCACCCUCUAGGUGCGACAUCAUUCUCGCCUCCCCGAACGCGACGUUCGGUCAACCCGAAAUCAACGCAAGUCAACUCGACCUCAUUUCCCACCUUACCCCAAACUAA